UGUUGUUGAUGUUUAAUUUGAGUGCGGCUGCGCACUUCCCAACGCUUUCGCCGUUGCCGCUCGGUGACACCGCUUUGGCAGGAAGGGGGGAACAAAAAAACUGAUACGGAGUGGAAACGGGAUAGUUUCUGUGGCCUCACGGUCAUAUUAUUCCACUGGCGGAGCUGCAUAUUUCCACUGAUUUUUUAGCUUCGCACUGACCAACCUUAUCCGUAUGUGAUCGCCCUACCUCAUCGUCGGGACACCGCCAGCGAGGGCCAAGGAACAAAACAGCUAAUUGCCAUUGAAUGACCCAGUAUCCAGUGUUACUUUUACCCUCCAUGUGGGUGAGGGAACUGUGUGUGUCAGAUUAUGGCGAGAAAAACAGUUAGCAGGAAAAGGAAGAUAGGAGAGCCGAAGGACCAACAACAGCUGGGCUGGUGCCAAGCGCCACACAAGCGGAUCCGCAUUUCUUGUUCAUCGCGGCAUGCCCAGCAGUGGGGGUGCAGUCGGCGCUCGGUCGUGUGCGCUCUCCGGGGACGGGAGUUCCGGCCCCAGCAGCAGCACGAGCUGCGGCUCCAGCGCAGCCUGCGCGGCUUCGCGGCCGGCCGGCUCCCCGGGAUCCUCAAGGAGAGGGAGUUCUCCUUGGGGCUGCUGAACAAGGUGUUCGCGUCCCAGUGGCUCAACCACAGGCAGGUGGUGUGCGGGACCAAGUGCAACACGCUUUUCGUCGUCGACGUCCUGACAGGACAGAUAACCCGCAUUCCCAUGCUGAAGGACAGGGAGUGCGGCGACGCGGGCUCUGGGCCGGUGGACGCCGUGACGGCAGGGCGCAACUAUCUCCCAACGGGCUUUCACGCCCGGUCGGACCAGCCGUGCUGUGGCAUACAUGCAAUUGAACUCAACCCCUCAAAAACUCUGCUCGCCACCGGAGGAGAUAACCCCAAUAGCUUAGCCAUCUACCAGCUGCCAACACUGGACCCUGUUUGUGUCGGAGAUGAUGGUCACAAUGACUGGAUUUUCUCCAUCGCAUGGAUCAGUGACACCAUGGCUGUCUCUGGAUCCAGAGACGGCUCCAUGGGUCUGUGGGAGAUCACGGAGAACGUGAUCGCGGACUCUAAGAGGAGUCCGCGUGACGACACGGUACCGUCUUACGCGCACAUCUCCCACCGUGCCCUGAAGGACAUUCCCAAGGAGUAUACCAACCCAUACAACUGUAAAGUUCGGGCUCUGGCCUUCAACAACAGCCAUAAAGAGCUGGGCGCUGUGUCCUUGGAUGGUUAUUUUCACCUGUGGAAAGCAGAGCUCAACUUGUGCAAGAUACUGUCCACCAAGCUGCCUCACUGCAAAGAGAAUGUGUGUCUAGCAUAUGGGCAGGACUGGUCCGUGUACGCUGUGGGCUCUCAGGCCCAUGUUUCCUUUCUGGAUCCACGCCAGCCUACUCACAACAUCAAGUCUGUCAGUUCUAGAGAGAGAGGAAGUGGGAUCCGAUCUGUGAGCUUCUACGAGCACAUCGUGACCGUGGGAACCGGUCAGGGUUCUCUUCUCUUCUACGACAUCCGGGCUCACAGGUUCCUGGAGGACCCUUUCAAUCCAUCCGGCGGCUAUCGGAAGUGUCCCGGCGACAGCAUCCUUAAGCUAACCACAGGGAAAGGCUGGCUGAAUCACGACGAAACAUGGAGGAGUUACUUCUCAGACGUUCAUUCCUUCCCCAACGCCGUGUACACCCACUGCUACGACGACUCUGGUACCAAGCUGUUCGUAGCCGGCGGGCCGCUCUGCUCCGGCCUGCACGGGAACUACGCCGGGCUGUGGAGCUAGCCUCUUCCUCUCCUCCUUCACUACAGCUUCCAUGUUUUACAGACAUCCCUCCAUCUCACUCCCUCCUCAAAAGUUCAUCCGCAUCACCUUCGUCGGUAUCCGUCUCGAUCAACAGAUUAUCUGUUUGGUUCACAUUUGGACUCAGGAGCACGAUGUUUGAGAACUUAAUAUUGUUGCUGUGUAUAUUUGUGUCCACUUUUAUGUUUCUCAUCUUCCCCAAAGGAUCCCCUUUUUACUUUUUAUCCCCCCCCCGACCCCUUCUUUUUAUAUAUAUAUAGAUAUGUAUAUAAAAAUGUGCAAUUACCUAAUAAUUUAAAGAGCUACAAAGUCUGCCAUUGAGAAACUCAGAGUUUUGGAAAAACAUUAAGAAUAAAAGUAUUCACGUUAGCAUCAUUUAUACAUUCACAUCCAACCUGCAGGGAUUAUGCCGUGGUCUUUUGCUCGCUUAUUUUUGUACUCAAGGAUAGUGUUAACUGCUGCUUUCUCUGUGAUAAAUGAGUUUCUUUGUAUAAAAACAAAUGACACACAAAACAAGAAAAACAAAAAAAAAAACGGUGGCAUCCACAUACAAUAGUUUUGUUUUCGUUCUUUUGCAUAAACGGACAGCAAUAAUGACAGACGGGACUGAAGGCGCCGUGCGUGCGGUUGGACCGAGCGGGAGUGUAGCUCGACACCUGAGAAAGGUCAACAAUCGCAGAGAACUUCUCUCCCCUGCUCUCAGGAGUAAAAACAAAGAACCGGACCAAGCAAGACUUAGUGUUUUUUUUUUUUUUUUCUUGCUUUCACUGAGACAAUGUAAAGAAGGAAGUAAAAAAAGUGUUAGAACUGAUAACCGCAGUGUCGAUGCUCUGCUACGAUGUAAUAAUAUUGAAAUACACAUCCCCCUCUCCCCCCUGCUGUAAUCAUACAGGCAAAUCCAUGCUGAUCAAUUAACUUUUCUUUGGGGGUGUUUUUUUUUUUUUUUUUUUUUUUUCAUCCCCUUUACCUCGUCGACUUAAUUUAGUCGGUCGGAAUCGUUGGUCUGCUUCUCCUAGUGGACGAUAGCUUUGAUAACAACACAUAUCGUCAGAUGUGACGAUCCGCCGGGGACAGAGGAGACGAUCUGUAGCAGCUGAGUUCCUCAGAGGCGAGUCAAAGAAACGUACCUUUCUUCUCAUAGCCACUGGCCCUCACUUCUGUUCCGUAUGUAGAAUCGGGUUUGGCUUCAGCUACGCCUUUGCCUUCCUGAAGUCUUUCCGUGAAAGACUGCCACAGAAUGAAUCAAUGGUUUCCUUUUCUACAUGAAACAAAACGAUUUUGACCCAAGUAUUGACUAAACCAACCAACACUUAAAAGUGUGCUUUAUAUAUAGAUAUAUAUAAAAAAAUUGUGUAUAUGUGUGUUCGUAAAAUGAGUUGAGGACAGCUGCAUACAUUUUCUGUGUAGGUCUGAGAAAUUGUGUGGAUCGAUCCGUCUCCUUUGGUGACACUUUUUCUUCUUUUUUUUUUUUUUUAUACAAGCCUCAUGAAUGUUUUUACAAAUGACUGAAACAGGAUAUUGUAAGAUAUAAACACUCGGGCGACGAAAUCUUAAUUCUUUAAAAAAAAGGAGUCGAUAAUACAAUAAAAUGUAUAUUAAUGUA